AUGAGAGGGUCUCUUCCGCGUAUGCGCGUGGCGACGCUGGCGAGUCUCUCUGGCACGGGUCCGUACGCAUCCGGCAACUGGGCGGCGCUGCGCGAGACGGUCAGUGCGGCUUCCACGGACACGGUGAAGGAUCUUCUCACGCCCUCACUCAUCCCCACGCGUCACUUCCAGCGCAGUUUGCCAAAACUGCCGCUGCCCUCGUUGAACGACACGCUUCAACGCUACCUGACCACCGUGCAGCCCCUCUGCUCACCCAGUCAGCAUGAGGCCACCACAAGGGUGGUGCGGGCCUUCAAGGAGCAAGAAGGUCCUCGUCUGCAGGAUGAGCUACGCCGCACCGACAAGGCGAACCUCCAUACCUCGUUUAUUUCUUCCGAUCUUUUCGAACGGCGGCUGAAGGAGCGCAGUUCGCUGCCGCUGCUCUCGCACAAGACAUGGCUCGUGCGGCCCGACGCGGAAAAAGCAGACAUGCUCGUCCGCAGCGUCUACUGGCUCUGGGCCUCGGUGCACUUUUACAAGCUGUACCUUGACAACCAACUCGCACCGGAGGUGCGCUACGUGUCCGUCGCCAACAAACGCCCGGAGGAGUCGUCGGACCGGUAUUGGGAAAAGGACUGGUUUGAUCGCACCGCUGCUCUGCUGCCUGAUCUCUUCAGCACGCCGUUUGUGUACCGCCUCUCGGGCGGCAACGUGGUGCCGCUGGACAUGUCGCAAUUUGACUGCCUCUUCAACAGCUCCCGCAUGCCGGGCGUGCUGCAGGACGAAAUCACACCCGUCGGCUUUGUGCCGCAGGUGACGGUGCAGUACCGCGGACAUCAGUUCGUGAUCACCGUGGCGGACGCCGACUGCGUGCCGCUCUCCGUCGAUCAGCUCUACGCCCAGCUUCGCGACAUCGUCGACACACACGUGACGCCGCCGCGCACCGACGUGGGCGUCUUCACGUCGCUGCCGCGGUCGGAGUGGAAUGUGGUGCGAACGAUGCUGCUGCGGGACGCCGCGAACAGCAAGAACAUGGAGACGAUUGAGGAGAGCAUGUUUGUGCUGAACCUGGACGACGUAGCAGAGAAGGACGACGCUGCAGACCCGCUGUGCGCCGUCGGGGUGAUGUCGAAGACACCGUCGUUACGUCCGAUGAAUCGCUGGUGGGACAAGAGUUUGUCCGUCACAGUCAACCAUCAGGGCACCGUGGCCGUGUCGGCCGAAGCGAGCUGGGGAGACGCGGUGGCGGUGCGUCGCUACGUGGACGACGUCUACGCCCUCAGCCACGCCGCGCACAGCGAUUUACUCAAGCGCACCGCCCCCUCCACGUACCCUGUGCGGCAGCUGCAGUGGAACAUCCCUGCCGACCUGCACGGCGUUGCGCAGCGUGCGCGUCGGACGUUGGAAGGGGAGAGGCAGCGGUUGGAUGUUGCAGCUGGGGUGUUGGACGCGCCUGCAACGUCGCCCUCGUCGGUGGAAGCCACGCUGCAGCUAGCGGCGCAGCUGGCGUGGUGGCGCCUGCAGCACCGUCCGACUUGCUGCUUCCAGACUUUGGACUUGCAGCGCUACCGCCGUGGCCGCACGGAGCAGAUUUGCUUGACGACGGCAGCGAGUGCAGACUUUGUCCUGUCCAUGCUGGGCAAGGACACUGCUGCACAGAGGUCCGCGUGCCGGGCAGCGCUGCAGGCGUACGAGACGCUGAAGCGAAGUGUUGAGAAGGGUCAAGGCAUCCAGUGCCACCUACUCGCUCUGCGCAUGACGGCGGAGCGUUUGCUGGGGCGGGUGCCGGAGCUGUACCGCGACCCAGCAUUCGCUUCGCUUUCGCAAGGCGGGGUGUGCGUGGAUAUGAUGGAGUCCGAAGCGGCGUACGGGCGUGGGUUUGCCGUGAACCCGUUCGGCUUCCACCUGAGCUGCAGCCGGUCGGGGAAUAGUGUGUUGUAUCAAGUGUCGAACCUGCCAAGUCCCACCUGCGCCGUGCCAACCAGCACAAGUUUCGCAGAGGCGUUCAGCGAAGCGUGUCGCGACGUGGAUGCGCUGCAGAGGUCCGUCUCAGCAUGA